GAAAGAAGACACGCUGACGUCAGAGAGGCGCGCCGCUGGUUGCCGGCGAAUGCGGAAGUGUUUUUGGAGUUAAAGGUGAUGCUGAUCGGCUUGCAACAUCAUGUCUUGGAUUCGUGACAAGGAGCUGUCAUUGAUUGAAAGGCUAUGUGCAAAUGUGUUAAAGGCUGGUCCAGUGCCUAAACAUGUUGCAUUUAUAAUGGAUGGGAACCGAAGAUAUGCACAAAAAUGUCACGUGGAGAGACAAGAGGGUCAUUCUCAGGGCUUUGAAAAGCUUGCAGAGACACUGCGGUGGUGUUUAAAUCUCGGUAUUUGUGAAGUGACAGUUUAUGCUUUCAGCAUUGAGAAUUUUAAGCGUUCGGGGGAGGAGGUUGAAGGCCUAAUGGAACUAGCUCGCCAAAAAUUUACCCGUCUUCUGGAAGAAAAAGAUAAACUUCAGAAGCACGAAGUUUGCAUUCGAGUAUUGGGGGACUUGACUAUGCUUCCACUUGACAUCCAAAAACUUAUUGCACAAUCUGUCCUGGAAACCAAGAACUAUUCUAAGUGUUUUUUGAAUGUUUGCUUCGCUUACACAUCCCGACAUGAGAUCAGCAAUGCAGUCCAAGAGGCAGCCUGGGGAGUCCAGCAGGGGCUAAUAGAACCUAGUGAUGUUACUGAAAAUCUUCUGGAUCAUUGUUUGUACACCUCACAUUCCCCAGAUCCUGAUCUCCUUAUACGUACAUCUGGCGAAGUUCGUCUCAGUGAUUUUCUGUUAUGGCAGACAUCACAUGCCUGUUUGGUGUUCCAGUCAGUUCUGUGGCCGGAGUACACUUUUUGGAACCUUUGUGAGGCUAUCUUGAGAUAUCAGUACAAUCACAGUGCCAUCCAGAAAGCCAGAGACCUGUAUGGCAAGCAACUAGCUAGGCUGCAGAAGGAAAAUGACCUGGACUGGGUACAUAAGAAACUGUGGGGUGUAGAGCAUAAUGAUGAAGAGGAGAAGACAAAGGCUUAUCAGAGACUGCUGCAACAAUGCAGAACAGAGAGAGAAGAAAGAACACAUAAUUUUCUACAAGCACUGGAAAGAAAAAAAGGGGAAUUUCUACUGACACUGUGUGCCAGUUAGGUGGGACAGAAAAUUGCUUUGUCUGUAGCAGGAUUUCACAACUCUUUUCCUCAGGUAUGAGAAACGGGUCAAGUUUUGAUAGUUUCCUUAAUUUAUGAGUAGGUGUAAUUAUUUAUAUCAAGAAUUAAUCCGCUGGUUUCCAUAAAGGAAGCCUCAAAACCUGACCUACCAGUGUUAUCUCUGGACUUGAGUUGAGAAACAAAGUGUAUCUAAAGCCAAGAUUGUUUUAAGUUUUGUAUAGAAUAGGGAAG